AUGGCUUCAUUUAUCAUGAAACAAAUGAUGGGUUCUCAGUUAGAUAAAGUUAAAGAAUUAGCCGGCGGCGACGGAGAGAAAAAGGAUGGUGGUAAUGGUAGUGGCGGUGGUGGUGGUGAUGACGAAGAAGAUCCAGAGGUUACUGAAGCUCGACGUGAAGCAGACGAAAAACGGAAUGCAAAAUAUGCAAAAAUGGAACGACAACGAGAAGAAGUUCGACAAAACAUUCGAGAAAAAAAAAAAGAAGAAUCAGUUCCACCACCAUGUGAAGGGCGUUUAACAGCUGAUAAAAAGGGACCAAUUCCUUUACCGGAUGAUGAUGAUAGUUUUGAUCCAAUUAAAAUGGCUACAGAUGCAUUAAAUACUAUCACUGAAAAAUUACCAUUUAAAUUGCCUUGGAAAUGA